AUGAUUGGAUUCGAGGUACAGUAAAAGAGAUGCGAUGUCCUUGCUAUACGAACGAGCCUUAGCGGAAGAACCUUGGAGCUGAUAAAAGGAAUUGGUAGCGACUACGAUGCUGCAUGGGACCACCUAGAUUCGAUAUACGGAGACCCUAGAUUUGUCGUAGACACCGUCACCCAUGACAUUUCAAAAUUCAAACCACUUCGUGAAGAUGAAGACUCAAGAUUUGUGACUUAACCCAACUGGUUAGAAGAAGCUACAACACGGUCAAGGAAGUCAACAGACAGUUUGACAUCUAUAACAAUCACAUGAUAGCAAUAAUUGAACAAAAAUUGCACAUGAACGACAGGAAGAUCUGGUCGCGCCAUUUGGAAAGCAGUGGAAAAGAAGCUACGUUAGAAAAUCUAAUGAGGGCUACAGCGCCUUUUUGAAGUAUGUAAUCCAGGCAUCCGGUUGGAAGUUUCAAUGCUGAUAUUUCUGGAAGUAACCCUAAGUGCUGGGUCUGCAAGAGUUCCAGCCAUUUCGUUGAUCAGUGCAGAACGUUUGCCGCCAUGAACCCUGGUGAACGAUUACAAGCUGUUAAGGACAAUCGUGCCUGUUAUAGUUGUCUCAAGCGUGCAGGUAGAGACCACAGAUCAUCAAAUUGUUCCAGAAGACGUCAGUGCCAAGUGAAAGUGAACGGUAACCAGUGUAAAUACUACCAUCAUCACCUACUCCAUGAAGAUAACCCAAAUCCUGCUGCAAAGAUUGGAACAUUUACAACAGACAAAAUUGUUAAAAUAUUCCUAUUCAGAUUAGUUUAAUUAAAACGUCAGUCGCCAAAGAUUUAAAGCUAAAGGGAAAGGACGUUGUUGUGACUCUUAUAAAAGUAGGAUGUCAAGAAGAGGAAUUACACAUCAAAGUAUAUCGUGUUACGGUUCAGUCGCUAGAAAAUCAGUCAUGUCACACAAUUGAAGCCAUUGCAAUUCCCUCUGAUAAUGAUGAAAUUUCCUUUGUCAAAAUAGAUGAGCUAACCACAAAGUUUGGAUUAUCAAGAGGUGACAUUGGAAGAGGAACUGGUGAUACGGAUCCAUACUGGAGAAACGAAAAAAGCAGGAAAUCUUGUGGCACGCCGUUCCCCUCGAGGUUGGGUGAUCCUUGGUGCUACAGCAACUCGAAACCAGUCAACAACUUGAAACCAGCAGAGUAA